AUGGAUGCCAUGGAGAACCCGGUCCUGGAGCCCAGGUCAGAGCGGAUUGCUCGCUACAAGGCUGAGAGGAGGCGGGAACUGGCUGAACGCUUCGGCAACAUGGAGGAACUACCUUCAAAGUGGGUGAGGAGGGAUGGGAAAGAGGUGCACGACCCGACGACCCAACCCCUCAAAGAGAUGCUGAACUCAGAGGGCAUCUUGUCGCUCGGUGAAAGGAUUAACGGCAGGUCGCGCAAGGUCACAAAUGGAUUAGAGGCAGAUACUUCUGCAGAAUCCAACUACCUGAGAAGGCAGGGUUCCCAGGACUCUGCCAGCAUGCUGAGUGGGGAGGGGCACCUCGUCCCUCAUGGACUCGAUGCCCCGCAGCUCCACACUCGAGUAUCAGUGGGCCAGUUGAGAAGUGCCCUUCUGCGGCAGACCGGGAGUGGAGCGAAGCCCGAGAAAGUCAGCCCUGAUGCUGGGCGAGCCACGUCCUCUCUUGACCUGGCAGUGAAGCCAGGCCCUGAGGGGAGCCGGCGACGCACCCGGCGUUACCUCCCCGGCGGGUCAGGCGGCGGUCGCAAGACCAGUGAACGCUUCAGGACACAGCCAAUCACAGCCAAUGAGAUGGAGGAGAGCAGCGGGCUGUUGGAUGCAGACGAAGAGGAGAACACUAAAGCGGAUGUGAAAACCGAUGACAGAGCCAAAAUGAGCGUGGCAGCCAAGAUGUCUUUGUUCAAAGAGCUGGAGAAGUCUGCUGCCCCCGAGGCCUCGGACUUCCUGAAGCCUCGUGCAGGGAGUGUCUCUCAUGAACGGAGAGUUCGCCGUGGCAACGAGCAACGCUUUCUUACCCAGCCAAUCACCUGUGAGGAAAUGGUGGCUAUCAGCGCCCCCAACCCAGCACCACCAGUGGAGGCCCAGACUGAGCAGGCUGACUCAGCGGAGGACGGUGAUGAGAACUGCAAGCUGAGCAUGAGUGAGAAGCUGGCCCUCUUCAACAAACUGUCUCUGCCGGGGAGGCAGGGGGACGGCAAUGCCGAAGGACCCCCAGAGAGACGGAGGCAGAAGGGGGCUCGAUAUCGUACACAGCCCAUCACUGUGGAGGAGGUCAACCUGCUCCAGAAAGGCCCCGUACAGCUUCCUGCGUUCUGUUUGUCCCCUCAUCUGUCCGACAGACAGCAGGCCUCGUCUGUCAACCUAAAACCUAGUGAGGUACGCCUUUCCCAGCCAAGACCUGAUACUGGUUCCGAGCCUGUGGAGCCCAGUCCUACCCAGCAAAACUUGCCGCGCUGUGAGUCGGAGCCAGGCUUGAGAGGAAUCCUGAAGAAGAGCCGCUCUGGGGGCCCAGAGUGGAGCAUGACGGAGAGCAAUAAGCUGGAUGCACCCUUCAGCCAUGAACAGAAUGGUGGAGGCUGUGGAGAGGCAGAGAUUCAGGGUAGGAUGGAGAGCACUGAGAGGCAGGAAAUACCUGUAGCAGCACCACGGAGAGAGAGGCGACAGGCUUCAGGUGUGGAAGGAGGCUCAUUGACUGGUGCCCCCUGGAGGCAGAGGGCUCGAGCCAGGAGGGAAACCAUUGCCUGUACACCAAUAAGAGUCUUAACAGAUCAGGACGAUCCUAAUGAGGAGAGGUCCUGUCAGGUCAAGCCAGAGGAACAGUCAGUUUCUUCUGUGGAACAAGACACGGAUUUGACCGGGAGAGUCCAGCAAGAGGAUGGGCAAGAGAGUGCAAGACAGAGGAAUGAAGGACAUGUUCAGGUCACCCUGGUGGAUGGCACUACUACUCUGCAGGAGACAACCAAUAACAGCAGUAACAAGGAAGAGACAGAAACCUUUCAUGAGGAACACGUCAAUCCUCAGUGCUGGACCAGCAUGUCCUUUGAGGCUCAAGAAGUCUCCUCUCCCACCAAGAACCAGAUUCAGCCUCAGUGGAGGCAAAAGGCAAAAGAAGUUGAGGAUGAGCAACCUCAGAUGGUCGAAACGGAAGAAAUUUAUACACAGCAGAAACCUGAAGAGCAGGAUGGAUGCAUGACUAAGAGAAGUCUUGGGUCUCCAGAAUCAGACAGAAGAAAUGACACCUCCCAUCACCAGAGGCACUCCACUGAAGCCCUAACAUCCACACAUGAUGAGAUCUCUGUGCAGCCAGUGAUGGAGUUUGAAGCAGCUCAGCAGAGUGCUCCACUCUCAGUAACUACACAGGAGGUGAAGGAGGUGACACCUGUGGAUGAUCCGAAUACGUGUGAUGGUGUAAGUUUCUACAUCGAGCAGUCGCCUCCCUCUGCCUGUGAACCCCCACCAUGUAGAGAUACUGCUGCCACAGAGAGUGAGCAGGACCUGGAUAUCUUCUGCCAGACCAACACACCCAUACUGACAUCAGCAGUAGCAGAGCACAGGCGGUCGGUGCGUCCGUCCCGUCGGACGCAGGGUUCCAGAAACCCUCUGCGGGCUCUGGCAGCCCGGGAGGACAUCACGCAGGACUACAUGGGGGAGAUGGGUAACACAGCCCCUGAGGAAAGGAGCCAAUCAGAAAAGAAGUCUAAGAACUCCUCUGUGGCAGAUUCAAAUCACGCCAGGUCAGAAGACUUCUCUUCCUCAGACGCUGCGACUAACCAGUCUCGUCCUCCAUUCAGCAGCCUGAUGCUCUUGCACGUCAAAGGUAGGCGGCAUGUCGAGGUCCGUCUGGUGGAGCCCUCGGUGCGGUCGCUGAACAGCGGAGACUGCUUCCUGCUGGUCACUCCGGAGCACUGCAUCGUGUGGAGCGGAGAGUUCGCAAACGAGCAAGAAAAAUUAAAGGCCUCGGAGCUGGCGUCACUCAUCCAGAGCCAGAAGGAUCUGGGCUGUCAAGCCUCCCAGGUCAUCCACCUGGAGGAGGGGCUGAACUCUGACAGCAGCCUGGCUGAAGACUUCUGGAGCCUUCUGGGAGGAAGGACACAUUACAGAGGAGCGGGUGCACCAGGGGAGGAUGAGCUCUAUGAGUGCGGUGUGGUGGAGUCCAACUGUGUGUACAGGCUGGUGGAGAACAGACUGGUGCCCCAAGAACAGGCCUGGGCCUGCAUCCCCAGCAUCUCUCUGCUGGGACCCUGUGAGGCUCUGGUGUUUGAUUUUGGCAGCGAGGUGUACCUAUGGCACGGACAGGAUGUCUCCCUCAGCAGGAGGAAUGUUGCUCUCCAGCUGACUCACCAAGUGUGGGCCGGACCGUAUGACUACAGCAACUGUCGAGUCAACCCACUGGAUCCCACACAGAGUAACCCGAGCACACAGCUGAGGGGAGAGGGCCGUCCGAGCUGGGCCCUGUUGGGCUGUAUCUCAGAGCACAACGAGACGGCUCUGUUCAAAGAGAAGUUCCUGGAUUGGACGGGCAGUAGUGGCGAAGUGGAGAAAGCUGUCCCAGUGAAGGAUGAGUCACAGUUCAUCCCAGUUCGGUCGUCCUCGCCUGUCUCCCCAUCGUCAGACCAUCUGAGCCCCUGUGAUGCCAAGGUUCUAGUGUCCAGCCAAUCAGCAGAAGGGGACGGCUUGGUGCACAAUGUGCUGGCCGGCGUCGAUGUCCAAAGGGGUCACGGGGUCAUCACACUGGAAGAGGGGCAUCAGAUCAAGCUUGAGACGGUUGCCGUGGACACCUGGCACGUCCAGGAGUUUGAUGACAGUGAAGUUCUCGUAGAGAGCACCGGACAACUUCAUGAGGGAGACUCCUACGUCAUCCGCUGGACAUACAGCAUAAGCACUGUUGAUGAGACAAACAGCCCCGAUGAUUGUGGACAAAAAGAAAACACAGUUUUCUUCCUUUGGCGAGGCCGUCACUCCAGCGUCAGUGGGCGGGACACCGCUGCUUUUCUGUCCAUUGGGAUGAACAACUAUGAAGAAUCCCAGGUGGUGGUUCCUCAGGGACAGGAACCUCCUUGUUUCCUGCAGCUUUUCCAGGGAGGCCUGGUCAUUCACAAGGGCAGGCGAGAGGAGUCCUCAACUAAUGCAGCAGAGUGGAGGUUGUUCUUAGUGCGAGGGGAGCUCCCAGAGGAGGGCUUGCUGUUAGAAGUGGAUUGCUGCUGUGUAGGUCUGAGGUCCAGGGGCUGUGCUGUCCUGCUCAAUAGCCAACAGGGGGUGCUGUAUCUCUGGUCUGGCUGUAAAGCUCAGAGUAGCUCCAAAGAGGUUUCCAAGAGGGCAGUGGAUCGUCUUACUCAAGUGUGUCCACCAGAGUUGGGUCUCAGCAAAAGCAGCCCUCUGAAUGUGCAGGUAGUUGAAGAAGGUUCAGAGCCUGCAGACUUCUGGACAGCACUAGGAGAAAUGGACAGGAAGGCCUAUGACUGCAUGCUGCAAGAUCCAGGAAAAUAUAACUUCACACCUCGUCUCUUCCAUCUGAGUGCCUCCUCUGGGAGUUUCAAGGCCGAGGAGCUGCAGAGUCCAACACGGCUGCCGGGGCUCGUGAUGGCAAUGCCUUUUGUCCAGGAGAGCCUGUACGCUGCACCACAGCCAGCCUUGUUCCUGCUUGACAACCGCCUAGAGGUCUAUCUGUGGCAGAGGGGUCAGCCUGAGCAGACAGAGAGCUCAGCUUUGGCCUGGAGCCGCUGGCAUAAUGAGAGACGGUGUGCCAUGCAAACAGCGCUGCAAUACUGCAAAGAGAUGAACCCACGACGCCCACCGCAGGCCUACCUCAUCUUUGAGGGGUCUGAACCUCUCACCUUCACUAAUGUCUUCCCUCGCUGGGAGAGGAGCCUGGGUCCCCACACACAGGGUGACGCAGGGCGGGUGAAGCUGACCUUGGUGCAGGACGCCCUGGCCCAGCUCAUGAAGACCCAGUAUCCUCUGGAGGAGCUGCUACGAAGCCCCUUGCCUGAAGGAGUGGACCCCCAGCACCUGGAGGUCUACCUGUCUGAUCAGGACUUCCAGACUAUUUUGGAAAUGAAGAGAGAUGAAUAUGCCUCCCUCCCAGACUGGAAGCAAAUUGAUUUGAAGAAAAGCAAAGGGCUGCUUUUCUAGAGAGCAAUAACAAGUGGAGGCUGACUGAUGCGCUGUAGCAGGGACUUCCUCCUCUGCCAAGAAUGGAUGACGGCGGGGGGAUAUUAGCAUCAUGCUGUUGCACAAAGGACUGCUCACAACGUAAUAAAAAGAAGACAAAUUCACUUUUAUUUAUGUCAAAUUAGUAUGAGUGUGUGGACUUUUUAAUCGGACAUGGAUUUCUCCGUAGCUAUUGUUCAGAGCACAAAAAAAAACAACAAAAAAACAAAAAAAACAACAACAACAAAAAAACCACAAAGCACAUUUUGCUAUGAAACAUUUUUCUCUGUACAAAUCAGUGAAAGAUAUAAAGGAAAGGUGUGUGGGAGUAAAGGAAGAACGUCAGUAACAAACAAGAGUGCAAAGAGUACAAAAAAAAAAGAGGUCAAUUCUAAUAAACAAUGUAAACAAGAAAAAAAAAUAAAAGGCUAACCACUUUCUAAAUGUUUCCUCCUCGAUCGAUAUAUCGGCAUGCUCAGAGCUACAGUUUUAAACAGAAAGAAAAACUGCUGCUUUUCUUCUUCGGUGAAAUCUGAAAAAACAAAGCGUGUUUGAAAGCAUAAUCUAUGAUGUGUAUUUUACAGCCGUGUGUCAUAUAAUGUAAUGAUGUGUUCAUUUUGUCUGCAAGCCUCGUGUGCCAUGGUGAUUGUAGCUGGAGCCCAUGUGUUCAUUCUGACUGUGGUUAAUGCCUUAUUAGGACUCCUUGGAGGUUUACUAUUAGCUAUGCAUGGGGGAGCCAGUAGACAUGCUCCAAUAACAUCCCUCUGGCCCAAAACAGCAUGCUAAUUCUGCUCCACCUCAAUCAACACACUAUUCAAAACAUCCUCCUAACACGCCAGGACACAAAUGUACCCUCAAAUAAUGUGUGACAGGAAAAAAAAAAAAAUCAACUGUGUAACGCAAAUAUUCUUAACAGCUAAUGGUGAUGUACUUAAAAUGUCUUGGUCUACUUUGAUAUUUGUGUAUUUUUCUUAUUCUUGGCAUCAUGUAGAUAGAAACAGCAGCUACAGUUGAAUUUGGCAGCAAAUUUGAGCUUUCUUUUUUAAAACCUUUUGAUGUCAGAAUUAAAGAAGAAGCAUCUCUUUCUUGA